UUGACUUGUGUUCUGAGAUGUUGGCUGUGAUAUGGAAGGGAGGAGCGUUAUGUCCAUGUGGGGGAGGGCGGAACACACCCCUCCCAAUCCCCUAUAAGAAAAGACACCGUCUCCUUACUCGCGGUUGUGUUCAUUUCACUCCCAGAAACUUCCAACAUUGUCAGCUUUGCCCAGAAUGAGCCCUCCUGGAGACCGCACCGUCCUUGUGCUGGGGGGAGCCGGAACGGUGGGCUCGGGAACUGUCAAGGUAUUGCUGGAGAGAGGCUUCCGUGUGGUAGUCAUAUCCAGAGAUGCAGCCCGGUUGGAAAAACUGAAACACUUUGUCCCAGCUGCUACUCGAUCUAGGCUUUUUACGUUGAUUGGAGAUGUUGGUUCCGAAGAGGGUGCAGAAGCAGCUAAAACCGCAGUACUGCAGGCUGUUGGGAAAGUGACAGAUAUAGUGUCAUCUCUGGGGUUCAGUUGGUGGCAGGGUGGUCCUCCACACACUCAAACAGUCGAGGAACUGAAUAGGGUUCUGAACACACUGCUGAUAAGUACUUUCACAUCUUGGAAGGCAUUCUUUCCUUUGGUUAAAGAUGACCACAAUGGAUCAUACACAUUUAUAACUGGUGGUGCGGGGGAGCGUCUGUUGAUGCCUGGGACUGGUUUCUUGACUCUGGGAGCUGCAGGAGCUUUGGCAUUCUGUCAGGUGGUCAGAGAGGAGUACCCUGAUGUUCCAUGUAAACUGACUGAGGUGAAACUUAACAUGGGUGUUGCAACCCCAGACCGAAUUGCUCCUGGCUUUGUGAAUCACUUGGAUGUAGGGGAAGCAAUAGCCACUGUUUUGGAAAAGAAUUCUGUUUCACAUCAAGUGAUCUGUGCAAAUACCCCAGCUGAUCUCAAAACCCUGAUUGCGGAAGGGAAAGUCUGAAAGUGAAGAUAUUACAAGUUGGCAUGCCAAGUCAUCAUUCCAUUUUGCAUGUAUAGUUUAUUUUGAAGCCCUAUAACACUACAGUAGUGUGCACUUUUACAAUAGAACCAGUGAUAUAUCAAUCAAUGUAUCUGCCUGUUCAUAGCACUGUGAGCUAAAUUAAGCUAAAUAUUGUGUUUAUCUUGGUAGUUUGAUUUUUUAAUGUCAUUAUGACAUU